AUGGCGAUAUCAGCUUCUACAGAUGCGCCCGCGGUGCAGUCAAAGAAAGUCUGGACAACCCUCAUCACAAACACAGCCUACCUAACCGGCCUCCUCACCCUCGACUACUCGCUCAAGAAACAUGGGUCCAAAUACCCGCUCGUAGCCCUCUAUACCGACACCUUCCCCGCCGACGGCCACGCUGCCCUCGACGAGCGCGGCAUCCCCAAACAACAUGUCAAAUACCUGCUGCCCAAGGUGCAAAAGGACUUUACCGACGACCCGCGAUUCUACGACUGCUGGAGCAAAUUGACGCCUUUUUCACUGGAAGAGUACGAUCGCGUGGUGCAGCUGGACAGCGACAUGCUGGUCCUGAAGAACAUGGACGAGCUCAUGGAGAUGGAACUCGAUGCGCUGAGCGAGGCUGGGAAAGGCAGCCGAGUAUUUGCAGCGAGUCAUGCGUGUGUGUGUAAUCCGCUGAAGAAGCCGCAUUAUCCCGCGGAUUGGAUCCCGGAGAAUUGCGCAUUCACAUCUCAGCAUGACCAUUGCGCGCUCGCACAAAAGCAAGGCGCACCCUCGUCCGCUGGCCUGGGCAUGCCCAACGGUGGCUUGCAAGUCGUCAUUCCUUCCCUGGCCGUCUACAAUCUUAUCCUGGAGCAAUUGUCCAACGAGACCGCUGGCUCUUACGACUUUGCAGACCAGUCGUUGCUGGGAGAUUUAUUCAGUGGGCGAUGGGUUGCGCUACCGUAUAUUUACAAUGCGCUGAAGACGAUGCGGGUAGAGGGUGUGCAUGAUAAGAUUUGGGUGGAUGACAAGGUCAAGAAUGUACAUUACAUUCUGAGUCCGAAGCCGUGGGAGGAGGCGCCGGGAAAAUGCAGUCAAGAGGUGCAUGAGUGGUGGUGGGUUGUCAAUCUGGAGAGGCUGGAGAAGGAGAGGGGAGAGGGGAUCAAGGAUGGGUUCUGA